AGCUUUGCUCUAAGCAUUGUGGGAAGGCAGGUGUUCUAUCGUGACUUCUUCCGGCUUCGGCUUUCUGGUAACAGCAGAACGUUUAAUUAAAAAACAAGGUUGAAAAAUUAGUUUGAAAAAUCAAUAAAGAUGUCAGUGUCAGCACUAUACAUCUUAGAUGCCAAGGGGAAGGUAAUGAUCUCGAGGAAUUACAGAGGGGAAUUUGAUAGCAAUGUGAUAGACAAGUUUAUGACAUUGUUGAUGGAUAUAGAAGAGGAUGGCAGUACGACACCAAUCCUUAUCCAUGGGAAUGCGGCUUAUAUGUACAUCAAGUGCAACAAUCUGUACAUAGUGGCAUUGUCCAAGAAAAAUGCCAAUGUGGCAUUGGUGUUUUCUUUUUUACAUAAAAUUGUUUCAGUUUUCACAGAAUACUUCAAAGAGUUAGAAGAAGAAAGUAUAAGGGAUAACUUUGUCAUUGUUUAUGAAUUAGUGGAUGAACUGAUGGAUUUCGGAUACCCACAAACAACAGACAGCAAGAUUCUACAAGAGUANAUAACCCAAGAAGGACAUAAGCUGGAGGUUGCACCACGUCCUCCCAUGGCAGUAACAAAUGCAGUGUCCUGGAGAUCAGAAGGGAUCAAAUACAGAAAAAAUGAAGUUUUCCUUGAUGUCAUAGAGUCUGUUAACUUGCUGGUGAGUGCCAAUGGAAAUGUAUUACGAAGUGAAAUAGUGGGUGCAAUCAAGAUGCGCGUUUUCCUUUCUGGGAUGCCAGAACUUAGGCUAGGACUGAAUGACAAGGUGCUCUUUGAAAGUACAGGAAGAGGUAAAAGUAAGUCUGUUGAGCUGGAAGAUGUCAAAUUUCACCAGUGUGUCAGACUGUCAAGGUUUGAAAAUGAUCGCACCAUUAGUUUUAUCCCACCUGAUGGAGAAUUUGAGUUAAUGUCCUACAGACUCAACACACAUGUGAAACCAUUGAUUUGGGUGGAGUCUGUGAUAGAGCGACAUGCACACAGCAGGGUGGAGUACAUGAUCAAGGCCAAGAGUCAGUUCAAGAGGAGAUCCACAGCCAACAAUGUGGAGAUUAUCAUCCCAGUUCCUGCAGAUGCUGACUCUCCAAAGUUUAAGACAACCACUGGCAGUUGUAAAUAUGUUCCAGAAACUUCUUCAGUAGUUUGGACUAUUAAAUCAUUCCCUGGUGGAAAGGAGUAUUUGAUGAGGGCACAUUUUGGCCUUCCCAGUGUGGAGUCUGAAGAUUCAGAGGGCAAACCCCCAAUCAGUGUGAAGUUUGAAAUCCCUUAUUUCACUGUAUCUGGCAUACAGGUCCGUUACUUAAAGAUCAUAGAGAAGAGUGGCUACCAGGCUCUGCCAUGGGUACGGUACAUCACACAGAAUGGAGACUACCAGCUUAGAACCUCUUAAUUGCAGUUUGUGUUCACUUAUGGUGGGAAAGCCGGCGAAAGCUGGAGAACCAAGGAAGCAUAUGUAUUUGUAUGCUUUAAUUGUGUGUAAAUUUACUACUACUAAGUGUUCAGGACAGGGACAAAAAUGAAAAUUUUAAUGUUGAAGACAGGAAAAAAUCUUACAUCAAUGAGUCAUGAUGAUUGAACCUUUAUUUUGAACAGUCUAGUGAGAUAUCUUGAAGUUAUUGAAACUGUAUCAGCAUUUAAAUGUGUUACAUGAAGAAAAGAAAUAUGUUUAGAAAGAUCUUAAAAUUGAUGUUUAUGUUUAUUCUCUAUGUUUAAUAAAUCCAACAAAUAUACA